UGCCAGUAAGAGCUGGAGGGGAUGUAGGAAUCUCGUAGCUAGCGAUCAGCAUGAGCCAAAAUCCUGGCUCUGAGAACCUGAGUUUGGUUCUAGAUGUGUAAGCUCCACCACUGACCUCUCUCUCUCUCUCUAAAGGCCCAGGCCCAAAAGCCCAGAUCUGACCAACCAACUUCCGCUCUGGCCCCCCGAAUUUUUGGGAUGAGUCCCAAUCUCAUUCAGUUUGAGACAGACUCUGCUGCAGUGCUCACUAGUGGAAAGGCUUCACUCACGAGGCAGCUCGUUGCCCCAGACAUCAGUAGAUGCUGAAGAGCCACCAUUUAAAUUGGAUGUCCUUUGCCACUGUUGGCAACUGCCCUGCAAUACAACUCUGCUCCCAUCUGCUUAUGGACACAAGGAAACUUCCACUGCGGAGCGCAAGGGGUCUUUGCCAGCUAAUGAGCUGGCAGGCGGGUGUUCCCAGAAGAGCCUUUCUCAAUACUGUCUCAUCAGAGCACCAACCCGGUGGCAAGAGGGCUUAAACCUAUCCGUGCACGUCGUCGUCAGCAGAGUAUGCGAUGAACGUCAGCAGGCAGCCCCAAUAGAGUGGGAGACCAAUUACACUGAAGCACACAGGGGAUGGUAUAAAUACUGAGAGCAAACUGUGCAGGCAUCGGUGAAGUCUAAGGACAUAGUGAGCAGGAGAUCGGAACAGGGAUCUCCCCAUUCAGCCAGACAACGCCAUGGCAUGUCAACGACCUCUCCUGCUCUUGCUCUUUGUCAUGCUAGUAGUCAGCACCCACCUGUCGAGAGCUCAGCACUGGUCCCACGGCUGGUAUCCCGGAGGGAAAAGAGAACUAGAUUUGUCCCAGACUCCAGAGGCUUCAGAAGAAAUCAAACUCUGUGAUGGGGAAGAGUGUGCUUAUCUGAGAAGUCCAAGGAAAACCAUUGUCAACACUCUGCUGGCUGACCUGCUGGCGAGACAACUACAGAAGAAGAAGUGAGCCUUUCCACAGACUCUUUCCGAAAUGCUUGCCAGCCCCACUGGCUUUUCAGUCACUUCCUUUGCAACAUGAUGGUGUGUCUAUAGAUUCCAUGUAUCUGACCGUUAAAGAAUUCUUAUGAACAUCUUGGCUGACUGCACUCGAAUGCUGGGAACGUGGAUAGUGCUGUAAUGCUUGAGAAAUGCCCCCGACCCAUCACCCAGCCAGAACGAGGCCCUGUUUGGAGUUCUUUACGCACUUGUGUAACUCCACCAUGUUGAAUAAAAUACUUUAUUUUGUUACAUACACAAUUCCAUCCACAUUUAUGUCCUUACCCAUGUCUUAAAAAGAUAAAAAUAAACGAAUCUCCAGCCCCAUAAACCAGUUUUAAGCACGCACUGAUUUUUGAACAAGAGUUGGGUCAUAAGGCCUUUUAU